AUGGCGAAAGUAAAUAUCCCCUGUGUCGCUGCAUUUGACAAUGUUGUCGCUGAGUCUUUGGACACGUCUGUAGGUCCAAAAUGGGAAGCGUGGAUUAAGCGUUUCGAGAAUUAUGUCGUAGCCCUGUCCGUGUCGUCGGACGCGCAAAAACGUGCAUUGCUCCUACAUGCUGUAGGGGCGCGUUGCUUUGAAAUAUUUGACAGUCUACCUGAUACUGGAACUACUUACGCACAUGCCAAAGUGGCUCUGUCGAAUCAUUUUAGGCCUAAAGUUAAUAUUGAAUAUGAGAGGGCUGUAUUUAGACGUCUUAGGCAGAAGUCAGACGAGAAACUAGAUUCCUACCAUACCCGACUAAGGAAGGCGGCCGGUACAUGUAACUUUCAAAGUAUUGACCAAGAACUGAAGUCGCAUAUUAUCCAAACAACUACUGACUCGAAGUUGAGAAAACAGGGCCUUAAGGAAGACGGACUUACGCUAGCAGAAAUUCUACAAAUUGGAAGAUCAAAUGAACUAGCACAGGUCCAGAAUAGUGAUAUGGAAAAGGACUUAGGCUUAGGCCUAGCACAGUCUCAUCCAGAAAAUCGAGUUCAUGCUGUAAGUACCAAAAGACAGAACAGUAAAACUUUUCGCCCUAAUAAUAAAAGAAAUGGAAACAGUGCUAGGAGCGGUUCUGUUUAUGGAAGGGAAAAAUGCUUUGGCUGCGGUAGGUCAUAUCCACACCCAAGAGGCCCAAAGUCCUGUCCAGCAUUUGGAAAGAAAUGUCACGACUGCGGUAGAGUGAACCAUUUUGCCAAGUAUUGCCGACAGACCAAGGUAGCUCAUGAAAUAAGCUGUUAUGGACAUGAUCAGGACAAUAUGAAAUGCUAA